UCCUUUGCGCGCUGACGAGGAAGGACAUCUUUCCGGAGAGCACCGAGGACACAUCAAGAAACGUUCCAAGACGUCCUAUUUAAGAUCAUAAAGAUGGCUGAGAAUAUUGAGGAGAAGAUCAAGAGCUACAGGACUGCUCCCUUUGACGCUCGAUUCCCCAACACCAACCAGACAAGAAACUGUUUUCAGAACUACCUGGACUUUCAUAGGUGCAACAAGGCCCUGUCAGCCAGAGACCAGGAUGUGGCUCCCUGUGAUUGGUACCAGAGGGUUUACAAGAGCCUCUGUCCCCUGAGCUGGGUUACCAAAUGGGACGAGCAGAUGGAGAAUGGAAGUUUCCCAGGGAAGAUCUGAGAUCUGUUAUUGAUCAGGACAGUCCACUGCAGGACAUUCUGUUACUUGCACCUUUUUCUCUGUAGUGUGCCUAAGGACAUCUUCAAACAUCUUUCAAAUUGUCGCCGUCAUUGGUGUUACCGUUAUUAACUUAAAACACGCACAACUUUUUACCCUGCAGGUCUGAAGUUUGUUUCCCAUCUCUGUUGUAAACUACUCUUUAGCAUUGAUUGAUGAUCAAUAAAAAAUACAGUGCGUAUGUAAUUAAAAGGAUGUUGUUUAUUAUACAGCUUCAACACUUUGUUAUAUUGGAACAACUUCCUUAGCUCCUUAACUAAACAAAACAUGCCUGACUGGCUGCUAGUGGAGUUAAUAUUGUCUUGGAAAUGUCUUCUUCUCACUCACAAAUCAUAUCCAAUUAAUGGCAGAGCAAGGUAUUGUGGGGCAGAUCAUUCAGAUUGCUGAGCUUUAUAUCAUUAAGGUGUCUGAAGGUCUGAAAAAUCUCUGAUUUAUUAUUUUAUUAAAAUUCUCUUUAUGUGCA